AUGUUGCCAAUUUCAUCAACUGGGAAUUCUCAGCAGAGUCUGAUCUCGAUCUCUGUCUUUGCUUUGCUUGCUUGCUUGUCUGUCCAUGGCAAAAUAACUCAAGCAUCCAAAAAAGGGGUUGGUGCACCUUUAUCAAACUCUAAAGAAAAUUUGAAUGUCAAGAGAUCCGAUUUUCCUAGUAAUUUUGUUUUUGGAGCAUCGACUGCUGCUGCUCAGAUUGAAGGAUCAGCUAAAUCUGGAGGGAAAGGACCGAGCGUUUGGGACCCAUAUGUUCGGAAAUUCCCUGACAAAAUAAUGGACAAAAGUACCUUGGAGGUAGCAAUCGACUCAUACAAGCGCUACAAGGAAGAUGCAUUGGCUUUGAAGGACCUUGGCGUUGAUGCUUAUAGAUUUUCCAUUCCCUGCACCAGGAUUUUGCCUGAUGGAACUUUGAGUGGUGGAAUAAAUCAAGAGGGUAUCAAUCACUACAACAGUCUCAUUGACGAGUUGAUUAAACAUGGCAUCAAGCCUUUUGUGACACUAAUGCACUUUGAUUCACCGGAAGCCCUUGAAAACAAGUAUGGAGGCUUCUUAAACCGCACUGUCGUGAAGGAUUUCAAGAACUAUGCUGAAAUUUGCUUUAAAACAUUUGGAGAUCGGGUUAAAAAUUGGAUUACAAUCAAUGAACCACUAAUUAUUGCUAAAUUCGGGUAUGCAAUGAGAGUGGCUCCACCGGGCAGAUGUUCAGAUAGAAGAAACUGUCCCGCUGGUGAUGCAACCACGGAACCUUACAUUGCUGCACAUUACCUUCUUCUUGCUCAUGCAACGGCUGCUAAGCUUUACAAAGAAAAGUACCAGGCAGCACAAGGGGGACAAAUUGGAAUGAGCGUCGUUGGACAGUAUAGUGAGCCUUAUUCGAACACAUUGCUCGAUAGAGAUGCAGCAGAAAGAUGCAUGGAUUUUGAGUUGGGAUGGUUUAUGGAACCACUGGUGCGAGGACAGUACCCACUAAGCAUGAGAAGAUUGGUCAAGGACAGGCUACCCGUUUUCACUGCAGCAGAGAAAAACCUGGUCAAAGGAUCUUUUGAUUUCAUUGGCAUCAACUACUAUACCUCAAGAUAUGCAAAGCACAUUCCAAUUAAUCCAAAAGCUGCACCAGUGAGCUACUUGGUAGAUCAAUAUGUUAAUUCCACAGUGGACAAAGAUGGAGUUCUUAUUGGUCCAAAUGCUGGAGGGAGCCAGUUCAUUUAUUUUUACCCGAAAGGGCUGUACAAACUGUUAAAGUUUAUGGUGAAACACUACAAUAAAAACCUUACCAUCUACAUUACACAAAAUGGUUUUACGGAGAAAAAUGAUGAUAGCAUUCCAAUUCCUGAGGCCCUAAAGGAUCAAAAUAGAAUUGAAUUUGUUCAGAAACAUUUGCACCUAAUCCACAGGGCAAUCAACAAUGGCGUGAAUGUCAAAGGAUAUUUCUAUUGGAGUUUAUUUGAUGACUUUGAAUGGUCAGAAGGCUACACUGUCCGAUAUGGACUUUACUAUGUUGAUUUCAAGAACCUGAAGCGCAUCCCCAAGGAAUCUGCUAAAUGGUACCAUGAUUUUGUCAAAAGUUACAGAAAAUAAGCAUGCUGAAGAUUGAGUUUACUAUGCUUAUAGCAAAUUUAUACCAUUCAUCGAGAAAAAAAAGAUUCCGCUUUCUGGUUGAUAGCGUCCGUAAGCUCCUUUUAUAGGCCUUCUAGUAUUUAAGGAAUGGAUUAAUAAUUGAAUAUAUGCAGGCUG